CAUCAUGUGGAUCCUAUGUUGUGUGCUGACACAAACUGGCGUGUUUCUAGCAACAGCACAGACUCUGGUUUCCAGGCCAGGACAGAUUCAAGACUCCACGUCGUAAAGGAUGCCCCGUGGUUUAACUUCCCAUAUCCAGGGCACUUGGGUUGGCCCACUAUCAGUGCUGCUGGAUAUGUGGGGAUGUUGGCAGCUACCAUCGCCUCCAUCAUAGAGUCUGUCGGAGACUACUUUGCUGCUGCCCGUGCCUGCGCCGUCCCUCCUCCCCCCUCGCAUGCUGUAAAUAGGGGCAUUAUGAUGGAGGGCCUUGGAUGCCUGAUAGCCGGCAGUGUUGGUGCUGUGCAUGGGAUAACAUCUUACAGCGAAAACGUUGGAGCUUUAGUCGUAACCAAGGUUGCAAGCAGAUCUGUCUUUAUCACGGCAGGUGUCAUGCUGACUGUGUGUGGCAUGCUGGGUAAAUUCGGUGCUGUGGUGAGCCUCAUUCCUACUCCAGUGAUUGGUGGAGUGGCCCUAGUGACAUUCGGAAUGGUGGUCGCUGUCGGUCUGUCUACUCUGCAGUUUGUGGAUCUGUCUUCAUCGCGGAACCUCAUGGUGCUUGGUCUGGCGUUGAUGUUGGGCAUAAUACUACCACAGUGGGCGAAAAACAACCCCAGAGCUAUUGACACAGGUCACGAUGAGUUGACCCACAUCUUGAACGUCCUACUUGGAUCUCCCAUGCUGGUGGGCGGCAUGGUUGGGUGCAUCCUCGACAACAUAGCUCCAGGAACUACAGAAGAGAGAGGGAUGCUGAAGUGGAGGGAGGAAGGAGUUAGUUGUCAAAAGGAUACGUCAGUUUCACCUGGCGUCACUUCACUGUAUGAUCUGGCUUUCAUUACAAGGUACCUCCCGAAGGGUCUGAGGUGCAGCUGGCUCCCUGUGUCCCCGGCCUACAACAGAGGAUUAUGUUGCCGAUUUCGAAGAAGACAUCAACAACUUUGAGCACAGGUGGACAUAUGUCUGUCCACAGUUCCAUUGCCUUGUCCAGCUCUCAUCAUCACCAGUGUUGUCCAUAGGAGAUGACAAGGCUCUAUAAUUAUAUAAUGUAUUUUAGUAUUUAGAUGCAUGAAAUAUAACUAGAUCAUUAAGCAGCUGACAGAAUGAGAUGUUUCAUGAAACAUUUUACAGAGGACAUAAAAGCUGGCUUCUGGCUUCAGUAUAAUCCCAUUGAAAGUGUAUAUUAUUGACAGUCAUACAUAUCCAUUUAUUGGUUGUGGUUUUCUUGUUCUCUUUUGUAUAUACUUUUUCUUUAAUAAAAUAUAUCGUAAAUGUA